GUAUUUGCUAGUAUAAAAGAACACCAACCAGCCAAUAUUCAUGAAUUAGCCCAAUUAUUACACCGGGAUUAUACUAAUGUUUGGCGGGAUUGCCAAGUGUUAGCCAAUUGUGGAAUUAUUGAACUCAAAGAAAAAGGUAAAGAGACGAAGCCAGUUGCCCUUUACGAGCAAAUUGUUUUGGAUUUUCCAGUUAAUAAGAAAGUUUUGGCGAGAAGGAGUGAAGAUUUGGAAGUUGGAGUUUA